AUGACACAGGUCAUCUCUUUGGUUACGCCCUCCCAGGCUAUGACCCCGGCCCACUCCCCCAUGGAUUCUGAUGACUACGAUAGGCCGCGAGCCUUUCGUGCACUCCCCGACACUCCAGACUCUCCUAGUCCUCGCACUGCUGGCUUGGGUAGAAAACGUGCCGCUCCCAUCAACACUUCUGACGCUAGCUAUGGUAGACUUGAGAGACUCAAACUGAGUACGCCGAGCAGUAUGGCAAGCAAUGAAGCUACAAGAGAUAUCUGUCUCUGCACUCCGGCACCCAAGAUCCCACGACCUAGGAAUGCUUUCAUACUGUAUCGCCAGCAUCACCAAGCACAGGUUGUCGCUCGCAACCCAAACCUAUCCAACCCUGACAUCUCCAAGAUCAUUGGAGAACAGUGGAAGGACGAGCCGCAAGAAGUCAAAGACAACUGGAAAGCACUGGCAGAUGAAGAAAAGCAACGCCAUCAGCAACAGUACCCUGACUACCGCUAUCAGCCACGACGUGGUAACAAGUCGCAAGGCCUCCGAUCAGGAUCUGUCUCCGCUGAUGAAUCUGGAAGAUGUUUAAAGUGCAACCUCCGGUGCAUUGCAACGCCUUCAACGCCCUCUACACCCUACCCUCCCACACCAGUGGCAAGUGAAGGCAGAGCUCCCCCAUAUCCAUACACACCGGCUUUGCGUGAUCCCGAGGCAGCUCGUCGUGCAAGUUUUGGUAAUCUGGCUAUGAGACAACAACAGGCCUCCAAGCGUUCUCCCUAUCGCGAAGGAGAGGAAUACGGCCCCGAGUCGCCAGAAAUGAAGAGGCGCCGCUACAACACUGCUGUCGGCUAUCACCCGAUAUCAUCGCCAGGGACAAUGGGACGGGCAUUGUCACUUGGAGCGGCUCCUCAGAGACCGUACCCUGUCACGCCUCUGCCCGAGCCGUACUUUACUAGAUCAAAAUCAGGCCCGAUGCCUCCCCCACCUCGACCAGCAGCAGGAGGACCUUGGCCUGGCCAGGAACAUCGAGGCCAGCACCCUUCCUAUGAUGACGAGUCCCUCAGACUUCCCCCACUGCAGACUCAAACUGCCAUGUCUCCCACGAAUACACAAGAGGUUGAUAUUCGACAGCUCCAGACUCCAGUUACGGGGCUUGGAAUAUCGAAUGCUCGAGACCCCCAAGCUAGAAGCGUGGAGGCCAUGGUCAUGUCUAUUCCAUUCACGCGAAAGCUAUCUGUACUUUCUAAGAUAAAUCACACUCCGAUCAGCUCUCUAGGUUCUGGAACCUUGUCUCUCGAGAAAGUCGAGAAUAGGGGGGCUGUCAUUGCUGUAGAGGGGCCGAAACCAAGAAUAUUGAAGCAGGUUGGCUUGCUGGUUGAGAGAGCACUUUCGACCUCUAACGAAAUCGCGCUCAAGACCUGGGGACAGAUGACUGAAGACGAGACCAAAAGCAACGAAACUGGCUCCCAGGAUAACGACGAACCUUCAGACUCGAACCACAACCUUGCAUCAUGUUUUGAAACGAUGAUACAAUGGCACCAGAAGUCACGAGAGAUGGUAAAGCACAUCACCAGCCAAACCGAAUCACUGCGUGGCUCACAGCGGAAAAGGGACUCGGACUCACCAAUUUCACAACGUGGUUCAGUUGAAGAGGACAACGCCUCCAAAUCAUCACGAGAUGACAAAGGUAGUUCAAAGAUACCGGUUGCCCUUAUUAAGGAAGGAUUCAGCCUCACUCUUUCGGACUCGUUCGCCUGUACGAUACCCAUUGCGGACGCCUAUGCACCGAUCGACCAUUGGCAGUGGAUGGCCACCCUCUGGCGCGGUACCAUAAAUCCCGACCUUGUUAUCUACGUGAAACCAAGUCUAGAGGACGAGAUCGCGAAGUGCGGAACGGUCGAUUCAUUCAAGGGGCUCAUGGUUGUCCGUGUUGCGGUGGGUAAAGACUUGGAUGAUGCAACUGAACGACGAAUUGUUUUUGAAGUCAUUGAAUGGGUGCGGGGAGGGAGCUUCAGAGGGAAAGUCGACAAGGGACGCUGA